UCUUAAGAAAAUGGCAGACAAGCCAGACAUGGGGGAAAUCGCCAGCUUCGAUAAAGCCAAGCUGAAGAAAACGGAGACGCAGGAGAAGAACACCCUGCCGACCAAAGAGACCAUUGAGCAGGAGAAGAGGAGUGAAAUUUCCUAAUCCUGGAGGAUUCUCUACCCCCAUCAUCUUCGAAAUCCCAGUCGUAAUGUGGAGGAAGAGCCACCUGCAAGAUGGACACGAGUGACAAGCUGCACUGUGAACCCGGGCACUCCGCGCCGAUGCCACCCAUCGGUCUACGGGUCUCUGAAGGGACUACCAAAUCCUCCGGUUUGCCCUGGGAUAUUAUAGAAAAUUAUUUGUAUGAUUAAUGAAAAUAAAACACAACUCGUGGCA